CGCGGCCGGCCGGGGGUCGGUGCGCUGCGAGGCGCGGAGGAGACGGAGGCAGCCGCCGCCGCCGCAGAGCAGCACCGGGCCGGCAGAGGAUGCCCGCCGCGCUCCCGCCGCUGCCGCCCUACGCGGCCGCCUCUGCGCCUUCAUCUCCAUGAAUUAGCGCCGCGGGGUGGGGGCGGGGGCCGCGGCGAGCGCCCAGCGGAGCCGGCGCCCCAGGCAUGGCCAGCGCGUGCGCCGUUCAGGUGAAGCUGGAGCUGGGGCACCGAGCCCAGGUCAGGAAGAAACCCACCGUGGAGGGCUUCACCCACGACUGGAUGGUGUUCGUCCGCGGGCCCGAGCACAGCAACAUCCAGCACUUCGUAGAGAAGGUCGUCUUCCACCUGCACGAGAGCUUCCCGAGGCCCAAGAGAGUGUGCAAGGAUCCACCCUACAAAGUUGAAGAAUCUGGUUAUGCUGGCUUCAUUUUGCCAAUUGAGGUCUACUUCAAAAAUAAGGAAGAACCUAAGAAAGUUCGAUUUGACUAUGACUUAUUCCUGCAUCUUGAAGGCCACCCACCUGUAAAUCACCUCCGCUGUGAAAAGCUCACAUUCAACAACCCGACAGAAGAAUUCAGAAGAAAGCUACUAAAGGCAGGAGGGAUUAUGGUUAUGACAGAUGGCACAUCAUUCUCUUCAGGGCAGAGCCUUCAUCUUCCGAACCUUCCUAGUAACUCCCUAUCUUUUUCUGAAGUGAAGAAGAAAGCAUCUCAUGGGCCAAAGGACCCAACUAAGAUUCUGAACAUAAAUAGCAGUAGCAGCAGUAGUAACAGUUUUUCAAAGCCCCACAAAUUAACAAAGGAGCACAAGGAGAAAACUUCUAAAGACUCAAAAGAACAAAAAAGUGCCUUCAAAGAACCUUCCAGGGAACACAACAAAUCUUCCAAAGAAUCCUCUAAGAAACCCAAAGAAAAUAAACCAUUAAAAGAUGAAAAAAUGGUUCCUAAGAUGGCCUUCAAGGAACCCAAAUCCAUGUCUAAGGAGCCAAAAUCUGAAAACACUGCCAUCCUUACCAUUACAGGUGGACAGCAGCAAGAAAAGAAGACUCCUACAAAAAGGCCCUCCAUUCUGGAUUCUGAUGAACCUUCUGCAAAAAAGAGAAAAAAAAGUGUGCCAGAGUCAUUAUUUAAAAGCUUUUCUAAUGCUCCAUCACUAAUUCUUACUUGUUCAGCUGACAAAAAACAAACAAAGGACAGGCCUCAGCUUAAGAUGGGGAGAGUCAAAAUUGAAAGUGAUACACUGGAAAAGAAGACAUCUACUCUGCCACCAUUUGAUGAUAUUAUAGACCCCAAUGAUUCUGACGUGGAGGAAAACGUGUCUUCUAAAUCUGAAUCUGAACAGCCCAGUCCUGCCAGUUCCAGCUCCAGUUCCAGUUCCAGUUUUACACCAUCUCAAAACAGCAGACAACAAGGUCCAUUGAGGUCUAUAAUGAAAGAUCUGCAUUCGGAUGAUAAUGAAGAUGAAUCAGAGGAACCAGAUGACAAUGAUAAUGAUUCUGAGUUGGAACGACCUGUAAAUACACGAGGAGGAAGCAGGAGUCGCAGGGUGAGUCUGAGUGAUGGAAGUGACAGUGACAGCAAUUCAGCUUCCUCACCACUACGUCAUGAACCAGCACCACCUUUAUUAAAAACUAACAGCAACCAGAUUUUAGAAGUGAAAAGUCCAAUAAAGCAAAACAAAUCUGAUAAACAAAUAAAGAAUGGUGAUUGUGAUAAGGCAUAUCUCGAUGAACUAGUAGAGCUCCACAGAAGAUUAAUGACAUUGAGAGAGAGACAUGUACUGCAGCAGAUAGUAAAUCUUAUAGAGGAAACUGGACACUUUCAUAUCACAAAUACAACCUUUGACUUUGAUCUUUGCUCACUGGACAAAACCACAGUCCGAAAACUACAGAGUUAUCUGGAAACAUCUGGAACCUCCUGAGGAUUCAGCAUCUGGAUGCAUCUAAAACUGUUCUCUAAAUGAAACAUUCAGAAUGAUGCAACCAAAAUGGUGGAGAAACAAAACAACCUCUUUCAGUUUUAUUUUUCAUUAAAGCCAGUCAUCAUCUCUUGAUAAAGAAGAGGAAAAGUGACAAGACUCAGAGGACUGCUCUUCUCAACAAGAAAAUGCUCUGGAAGAGUUUACCUGGAUAGCCUUGAAAAUCAAACACAAAAACAAACAGAAAACUUGGUCUUAAUGAAUGUGUAUGGUAUCAUGUAUCUCUUUGUGGUGUUCCAGUCCACAAGAUGAAUGCAUGUUCAACACACUG